CUGGGCCCACAUCUCUGGAAUAUCUGUUACGACAAGAUCGUUGACCUUGCGACAGAAAUCACUGCUAAAAAGUAUGCGUACGCUGAUGACCUUGCAGUACUAGUCGAGGGGAAAAAUAGAGAUGACCUCUCAAAUAAAGUGAACGCAGUCACUAAGGAAAUAAAUGAUGAACUGUUAAAAUCAGAUCUCUCUAUUGAACCCACCAAAACCGAAGCUGAAGUCAUUACCAAAAAAAGGAACUCUAGAAAGAGAAAUGUUAAAAUUAAAGUUAUAGAUCAUCCUAUCGUCCCCUCUUCCGCUCUGAGAUAUCUUGGUGUCUGGUUAGAUAACAACGGAACUUUCAACACCCACGUAGAAAAAA